AGAGCGAGGCAGCUGGUAGAGUUCUCACAGCGAGUGUUUCCGCACACCUACCCGGAAUAAAGAGCUGGCGAGCCGAAGACAGGGAACAACAGAGCGGCGCUGACGGGAACUAGACGACGAAAACAUUGUAUUUUUUUAUGUUAUUUUUUGCCACAUUCUGGUUUGGGUGUAUCCGUUUUUUUACGACCGUUAAUGCCUCGAUUGUGAAGCACUGAGAGGAGGGCUCGCUGCUGUUAACCUUUACAUUGGUUAAGCCGUAGAGGACUCUCGCUGGUCGCCGGAGGAAAAGAUGUGCGAUGGAAUGGUAGCGUUUCAGACGAGAGCCCUGUCCUCCUCUUCUUCCUCCUCCUCCUCCUCCUUCACCUCCUCCUCUCUAGCCCACAGGCUGGCUGCCUCCGCGCUUCUCCUCCUCUUCACCCUGCUCCCUCAUGGUCACGCAUCAGGUUGUGCACGGCCACCCGGCGUGCAGCACGGAGAACUGCUGAACCAGACCGAAGCUAACCGGGGCUCUUUUCCCCCGGGCACCCUCCUGACUUAUGGCUGUGGGCCUGGCUACACUGCAGAUGGACCCACCAGCAUCAUUUGUACCAGCUCUGGAGCCUGGUCCCAUCAACCUCCACGCUGCAUCAGAAGCAACGUGUGUUCGCCCCCCACUGAACCAGAGAACGGGGGCUACCGCUGUCACCCGUCUCCCUGCCACCGCCUCACGCAGAAGACCGUCAUCGAGUACUUCUGCGACGAGGGCUACGCUCUGAAGGGCGACUACAAGUUCCUCACCUGCCAGAACGGCGAGUGGGACGGUCCCAUGCAGAUAAGCUGCCGACUCACACAAGACAAGGAGCCAAGCUCUCCGCUGGGUAUACCAGCUCUGUCUAUUGUGGCAUCCACAGCUAGUUCUGUGGCACUCAUCCUGCUUUUAGUGGUGCUGUUUGUUCUUGUACAGCCCAAACUCAAGUCCUUCCAUCACAGCAGGAGGGAGCAGGGAGUGUCAGGCCAGCCCAGCUCCAUCAUGGUGGAGGGUGUCCAGGUGACGCUGCCCUCCUACGAAGAGGCUGUAUAUGGAAGCAGUGGACCCUGUGGUGCUUCCGGUCCUCCUCCGUCACCACCACCUCCGCCAGCUCCUCCAGAGUCUCGAGUCCCGAUCGUGCUCUCUGAGGGCCUUCCUCAGGGAGCCACAGGAGGCCAAGGCCCCAGCAGAACCCGCCACCACAGAGACUUAGACUUCUGUCUCCCAUCCACGUCCUCGUCAUCAUCCUUCUCCUCCCGCCGUCAUGCAGAGACGGUGCUGGUUCAUCAGGCCCCCUCUUCCUCUUCUUCAUCAUCAUGGGCUAUAGAGCACCCUGGGGGUGCAUGCGCAGGCCCCCUACCGCUCCGUAGAGACUCUGAGAGUAGCGACCAGCACAGUCUGCUUUCUGUCACCUCUACGGAUGAGUUUGCUGAUGAUAUUCCCCUGUUGAAGGAAGCAUGAAGCCUGCCAGCCUGCUAUCAGCAUCAGCAGCAGAGCCCCUCUUUCCCUAUCUCUCACUGCUGACCAGGACUGACUGUGACUGUCAACCUACUUCCCCCGACUCCCCUCAGCAGCCAGCAGAGAAAAGACUAGAACUACGCCCAUUCCCCACGCAACCUCUUCUGCCAUUACUAUCCAUGCAGAGCAAAGCCAACAACCAAUACUCACUGCAUCAUAAGCAAUGAUGGAGCACCACUGGAGCCAGCUGCCGGAACAAACUAAAGACAAGCCAGACACAAAGUGGUGCCAGCUCAACAUAAAUCCUGUAGAUCCUAUGUAUAUGAGUAAAACAUACCUACUGGUCUGUGUACUAUAGGCUAUGUAUUGCUAUACACUUGCCUCCUCCCAGGUGUAGUUCUCUAUAUUAACAUGGCUCACAGAGGCUUCAUCGGAGAAGGCUAUAGCAACACCUCGACUCUGUUUGGGAUUACUUCUGAUAAAAAAAAAAAAAAUAAACAACUUGUGAUGUUUGCUCCUGACGCUGUGGCGCUCGGAAUCAGAAUCGUCUUCCCGCUGUACUUGAAAAGUUGUGAGUGACGGCUGGGUUUUUUGCAGCCCGCUUUGUGAAUGCUGCAUGUUGUUAUUAGUUAUUGCUGUCCCAGCACGGUGGCCCACUCUGAAUGAAGCAUGAAGCCUCCUCUGUCUCUCUCUCUUACUCUCUCUCUCUCUCUCUCUCUCUCUCUCUCUCUCUCUCUCUCUCUCUCUCUCUCGCUAUCUGUGUAUCCGGGUGGCGUCUAGCAUAUGGAUUAGUGGGAUUGAGAACCACUUCACACGAGCUAAAAGCAGGGUGCAGCGUUUUACGAAGCACCGUAUCACAACUAUAAAAAGACCUGCUCCUUUCCCUUUUUCUGUUGCCAGCUGCACCCAGUAUCUGAAAGGUGCUCCUUCUGUUACAUCAGUGGGAUUUGAUCUGUGUUGUGGUUCCAGAAAUGUGCUAUACAUCUUACCUGUAUAAGGAGAGCGAGAUGUCACAUUUUGUGUCUGGAAGCUGAGGAGGGGGGUUGUCUUUCAACAUGGUGACUGGGCACAUAACUGAAUUUUAAGGUUUUAAUUUUUUCCCACACUGUAUUUAUUGUUUGGUGUGUGGCUUUGAGUUGCUGAAUCUGAGUGCAUGUGUGUCUGUGUGAGUGUGUGUGCGUCUUUGUGUGUCAGCUAGGCUGGAGAUGACAUAUCUUCAUGUGGUAGGCCUCCACACAGCCACUAUCACUGAUUUGCCUCUCUUCAGAUCAGAGACCGGCUUCACAAUGUCCCUCUCUUGCGCCAUAGGAAAAUAUCCCUCCCAGCACUGAAUAAGUCACAUGAACAAACCAGCGUCACUUCAGUCAACGAGUCCACUACACAAUGUGUGUAUUAUUCAUCUCCUCUCAAGCUAGAAUAUUUAUCAUUUUCUGCUGAAUGGCUGGAAAACACAAGUCUCCUUAGAGGAACUGGCUCUCGACCACCUUCACACUGUACCGAAGACUCUCCACUUUUGUGCAUUAUUGACCCAACUGCAACUGGUUGCAGUGAAAUGAUAAAGUUUUGUUAUAAAGCACCCAACCCCCGCCACACACACACACACACACACACACACACACACACUCCCCCUCCUAAAGCCAAGUGCAAAUUUAAAAGAGAAUCAUGUUAUUUUGUGAGAAAUCAUCCUCCGUUUUCAUUGCCACUUGAAAAGCUUUUGGUGGUUGAGCUGGUCACCCUGGAAACAGCAUGACUCCGAAGGAUCCUGAGAAUUACUUUUCAAGCUUAACUGCUCUGAAAAAAGAAAAGAAAAACAGAAUAACCCUAUUGGAUUUCUGUUCUCAGUUUUAUUUGGUAUCUGUGGCUGCCUGUCAUUGUCAACGGCUACAUUAUUAAUGCAAACAGAAUGUUGCCUUAGACUUGUACAUUUUCUUUUUUUUUUUUGGGAUGUAUAAUCUUAAGCCUCUGCGUUGGUUGCUUUACAGUAUUGCAACGUGUUCUGUUUUCCCAAUGGCCUUACUCUGUUCUUUUCUAUUCUAUGCAUAAAACUGUCUUUGUGUAUUUAUCAAUGAGUUUACUUUUGUUGUGGACACGACUAAACGAAUGUCCAUCCUUCUCUGUCCUCCCCUAGCUUUUCCAGCUACUGUGAUGAUGAUGAUGAUGAUGAUGAUGAUGACGAUGAUGAUGAACCUAUAAGCACCUAUAUUUCACUAUUCCUUUGCUUCUCUUUUGCUACAAGGCAUUAAAAUAUUAUGGGAUUGAAAAGAAAAAAAACCUGAAAAUGAAUUUUGCGUUCAGAAGCACUGUUGUACGGUGUUGCUUCCCUGAAAAAUAACAGGUUAAAAAAAGUACACAUCUUGAUUCUUAGUUUCAAUGCUUUCAGCUUUGGUUUUUUCCUCUGUACAUGGCAGUGGGUGUGAAGAUAGUAAUUUAAUAUUUGUAUAAAGUUUAAUUUAAUUUUACAGUGUGUAUAUAACUUUCUAAUUAAAGCUUUCUUUUGAAUGUGGAA